CCUUCCUUCAUGACCAUAAACAAUAAACCCUGACUUGAGACCCGCUGCUCAGUGUCCUCUGAGUCCUCAACGGAGCAGCACGCUCUUCCUCGGCACACAGGUCUGUCAGACACUGAUGCUGGAUCAGUGGGAGUGGAAUGGAUAAUGGCCACGGCAAACUGUAAUCUGCGGUCACCAUCCUCCUCUUCUCAUGAUGAAGUCAACCUGGGACCUUCAGCAAACCCACAUGCCAGGCCCACUGACUUUGACUUCCUGGCUGUCAUUGGAAAAGGGACCUUUGGAAAGGUCCUGCUCGCCAAGCUCAAAGCCGACAGCAAAUUCUACGCCGUCAAAGUGCUGCAGAAGAAAGUCAUCCUCAAGAAGAAAGAGCAAAAGAACAUUAUGGCUGAGAGAAAUGUACUGCUGAAGAGUCUGAAACAUCCCUUUCUGGUUCGGCUCCACUUCUCCUUCCAAACUGCAGAGAAGCUCUACUUUGUCCUCGACUAUGUGAAUGGGGGAGAGCUCUUCUUCCACCUGCAGAGAGAGAGGUGUUUCUCAGAGCCCAGAGCCAGAUUCUAUGCGGCCGAGGUAGCGAGCGCCAUCGGCUAUCUUCAUUCCCUUAACAUCGUUUACAGAGAUCUCAAGCCGGAGAAUAUUCUCUUCGACUCUCAGGGACAUGUGGUGCUGACAGAUUUUGGGCUGUGCAAAGAAGGAAUAGAGCCCGAGGGCACAACCUCGACCUUCUGUGGGACUCCAGAAUACCUGGCACCAGAGGUUCUUCGCAAGGAGGCGUACGACCGGACCGUGGACUGGUGGUGUCUGGGAGCAGUGAUCUAUGAGAUGAUCUACAGCCUGCCUCCUUUCUACAGCCGUGAUGUGGGUGAAAUGUAUGAUGGGAUCCUCCACAAGGCGCUGCCGCUGCCUCCUGGGAAGUCUGAGGCCGUCUGCUCUCUGCUGGAGGGGCUCCUGCAGAAAGACCAGCACAGGCGCCUCGGGGCCAUCGCCGACUUUUUAGAAAUAAAGAACCACGUCUUUUUUUCUCCGAUCAACUGGGACGACCUUGACCACAAGAGGAUCACUCCUCCUUACAACCCCAAUGUGGUGAGUGGUUUCCGGCU